AUGGACGAGACACCGGGGCCCCAGCCCUCCAACCACGCUGCUGCGCUGUCAGCCGCCUCGACAGCACACUUCCUGUCGAGCCACUUCGCCUCCGUCGACACCAUCUCACGCUCCAACUCCCCCGGCCCUCCCUACACCAAGACGGACGAGGACGACAAGAAGCGCUACCGUCCGCGCACCUUCAGCUACUUCAACCACCUGCCCUUCCCCGUCGAGAAGGAGGAGCAACGCGAUGCCGCCCUCGCCGGCAUCCUCAAGCAUCUCUACAUCGCCAUCAAGGCCGAGGACUUCAGCCCAGGCGCACUGCACUGGACCAGGGAGCUGCAAGGAUGGCUGAACCUCAAAUUCGAGAUGACGAGAGAGCUGCGCUCCACCUUGGCGAAGCUCUACUACCACCUCUGUCUGGCCCCCGGUUUGGACCCCAGCACCGCCGACCGUUUCUUGCGCAUGGUCGUCGUGCUCACUAGGAAAUAUCACUACCUCAAGCCCGUAGACGACCUCCUACUCGACUGGCGCCCGCUAUGGAGAGAAAUCAAGGCCCUCGUCCUGCCAUCCGAAGUGGCCUCACAUCAAACCAACCGACGUCGAUCGCAGAAACAGCUAUGGAAGUUAUGUUUACACGCCCAGACAUACUUCGACCCGAAAGACCGCAAGGAGAUGCUCGACGAGUUCUUGCCCUACUUCAGCACAUCCGACGUGUCCAACGCAUACAUCGUUGUGGGUACGAUCAACGCCUUGCUGCCAACCGACGCGGCCCCCGAGAACGUCCCUUGUUCCCAGCCGCAGGAGUUCAUGCCCACACUUUUCCACCUGUGGUCUCUGAUUGCGCGUUCUAAGAGCUUCGACAUCUUCUUUAUCGACCUAUACUCCCGCAUGGCGAGGGACUUCCUGCAGUCGACCCACACUCCCUUCGACGCCCACGGCAUCUUUACCCAGGAGCAGUCUGAGUGGAUCUUCACGGCUGUUCUGCGCCUGACAGAGAUCCCUGUUGGCCAGUCAAACUCUCCGUACUCCACGCUGGAUUACUCGUCCGGCUUAGGUCUGUACCUGGAGAAGGACAAGAAGAAGUACCCGACGGCGUACAUGAUUGCCAGGUGGAUUGUUUACUCUCUCUCGCCCAAGUGCCUGGAGCAGGAGAGUUCAAUACUGGCCAACUUGGAGGGUUUGCUUGAGGCCAUUGACACCUUCUACCACCCGUCGAAUGCCGGUUCUUGGACGACCUUCCUCGGCCAAUUCACCGUCUAUCUCACCGACAUCUUUGUCUCUCGCUGGAACCGCGAGAAGAGUGGCGAGCUGGACACGCCCGAAGACCGCAGGAUCACACCCGCUUUGAAGGCACGCUUCGUGACAGCCCUCAAGGAGGUCACAUACAUGGGUCUCUUCUCAAAGAGCAAUAGAGUCGCUCACUACUACUACGCGUCUCUCCAGGGCCUGGCCUACCUGGAGCCCAAUCUCAUCUUGCCCGGCGCUCUGCAGCGAUUCUACCCCAGCUUGCAGGGCUUGGUCGAAGUUCACCGUACUACUUCAAGUCUGAACGGCCUGCAGAUGAUUGCCAACGUCAUGUCCAAGACCAAGGGCUUCCGAUGCCACAUCACAGCCCUCCUUGCCCUGGCCUUGCCCGGCAUUGACGCCAACGACCUGGGAAAGACGCAGUACACCCUCAACUUCUUCCAAAGUGUGGCUUACAGCAUCCCCAUGGUCCCGUUAGUCAAGGAUAAUGACUCCGUUCAUGACACUAGCCUGGCCAUGCAAUGGGUUCAAGGCGAGAUGGAGCGCAUGGAGCGCGAGGGACAGGAUAUCAAGCUCGACUACGAGACUGAAAUUUCUGAUGAAGACGAGGCGAAUAUUUUGAGAUCCUCGACGGCAGGACUUGGCGAGUUCGUCAUCGCCCUUCUUGGCAAGGUCUUCACAUUGCUCGAAAAUUUGCCAGACGCCUCUCAUAUCAGAGGAGGCACUCCAGAGGACAACGUCAUCAACGCCUUGCCCGCCGCGCUCUCUCCUCUCUUCGCAUCGUUGUCGCCUGAGCUCUUCGACACCGCCCUCGAAAAGCUCUCCUCAUUCGUAUCAACACACGUUGUCCACCAGGCGAGGGAUGCCAUGGCGUGGAUCCUUAACGCCCUGUGCAAGGUCAAUCCCGAAAAGACGCUCAAGGUUUUCAUUCCGAUGCUCAUCGUCAACAUUCGCAACGAGAUCGACUACAACCACGCUGCUUCCGACAGAAGCAGUGGGACAGACUAUUUGCCUAGAGACCGCGCAUUGGUCUGGCAUGUCAGCAUGCUUGGCAUGGUUGUCGUUCACGUCGGAAACGAGGUCCUGAAGUACCAGAAUGAGCUCCACGACGUUGCCAAGUACAUGCAAGAGAAGUGCCGAGGUCUUCCCACGAUCCAUAUUUCCAACUACAUCCAUCAUCUCCUCCUGAACCUGACGCAUACCUAUCCCAUCGAUAGCGCUCUUUAUGAGCCUGAUAUCAUCAAGCGUGGCCUUGACGUGGGCGACUGGGGCAAGACCACUUCUCCUGCUGACCUGACCAUCAAGUGGCACCGGCCCUCGGCUGGAGAGAUUCAGUUCGCCGUCGAGCUGUUCGACUCCCAAACCAAGGCAGCCGCGCAGAAGUUGGAUUCUUUGAUGGGCGAGCAUCCACCGGUCAGCCGUAAGGGCAAGAACAAGGAGUGGUCCGACGAGGUUUCAAGACUGCUGCAGCAGAUUCGCUUGGUGAUAUCUGGUGUUGCGACUCUCUUUGAUCCUCAUCGUGCGGCCGGCGAGACGGCAGACGGUGCGAAGGAAGACGGUGAUGGCGACACCCCGAUGGAUGACGAUGACCCUCUGGCCGAGGCUGCCGAAGACGAGGAGACACGUCCUCAGUACCGGUACGACGCCGGCUAUCUUCUCACCGAGGAGGAUCCAGCUUACGGCAAGCUGCACGAGUUGAGAGAGGACGUCGGCCAGCUGUUAUGCCGCACGCACGAUUUUCUCAACCAGAAGCAAGAGGAUGACGUGUCUUGCUUCACCGCGCUCUACGCAGCUUACCGCACAUGGAUCACCGACGUCGGUAUCGAGCGCUCUGCCCACCCGUUGGAGAGACACCUUCGCUUGUACAAGUCGGACAUCUCAGCCUUCAAGAUUAGCGGUCUUCGCAAGGUCUACCCGCGUCCUCUACUGAUCAAGCGUGCAGACGCGUACCAGCUGCUGCGAGUUAAGCACAAUGCCUCCGCAAGGCAGAAGAGCGAGCUGGACAGGAAGCUACUUCUGAACCUAGCCCAGUCGUCCGUGUCUUCGUACGCCGACGUCAGGCGGGUAGCACAAAGCGCUUUGGACUCGUCCCUCAAGGCUCUUAUCGGCGGUCGCCCCCUCGUCAUCCCGGUCCUUAUCGAGAGGCUUCGCAUCGCCCUGGAAGAGAUCGACCAUGAUCGCAUCAAGGGUGCCAUGUAUACUCUCUUCUUCACUAGUCUCCUGAGGACCAUCGUCAAAGACUGGCGGUUUGCCCCGGAGGCCCUUCGACUUUACUUAAAGGCAGGCACCAUCGACAAGCCCAGCAUCCAGCAGCUGGGCGCCACUGCGCUGUUCCCCCUAUUGGAUUUCGGAAAGCCAUUCGAGCGGAUGAUCAUCGUCAAUCAGGACCUUGUGGAGCAGAUCCGUCCUACGGAAGACUGCUCUCGCCCCAUUGACAACCGCCACAACUUCAUUGUCCAGCGUCGCGAACGUGUCGAAAAGAAGAAGGCGGCCUUGGGCUUGGAGCUGGUCGAUAUGGCCAAGGAGGCGCACUGGAAGAUUGCCUCCCGAUGCGUGAUAUUUGCUACCAACUUGUGCCUACGCUUCGACAACUUGGCACCUCCAGAGUUCAUCAAAUUGAUGGCGCAUGGCACGAACGAUACCCACCCUGGGCUUCGGGCUAGUUACACGUCCGCCUUCACCUCCGUGUUCGAGGCCGUCGAGAUGCGCGCCGCGUAUGACCACGACUACCGCAACUACUUGUUGGAGAAGGAGAAGGAUCGGAAUAAACUGGCGAUAGAGGUGAAGAAGGGCGACAAGGACUUUACCGACCGCUAUCUCGCGGCCUUCGCUGAUUCCGACCCCAACAAGGCUGAAUACAUGGUGGACUCCGACCAUCCCGGAUGGCUUGUGUGGGGCAAAAAGUUCCUCGCCUCUCGUGCGAAGCCCGACCCCUUUACCGACUACGACGAGCGAGAGGCCGCCGUGCGGUCGCAAAUCGGCAAAAUGCUGACGCGCGACUGGCUGAAGACCUGCUUCGACUACCUCAAGCAAGAGCCCCGCGACGCGGGCGCCGAUCGGUUCCGUAUGGGCAACGUGUACAUGCUCAUGCACGUAUUCGACCUAAUGCACUACGGAGGGACGGAGAUCACGCUGGACGACGUCAAGGAACUCACUACGGACGUAUACGGCGACGGCAGUGAUAAGCACCAGCACCGGGCGACAUCAGAGAUACUGGCGGCACUGAUGGCCGGGUCUAGUGACGACCCCCUCGAAUUCCGUGAUAAAGUGUGGGGCUUCGCCGCUACGUUGAUGUUGAAGAUUCUCAACGAGGACCUGACGCCGGAGAACCUGCAGUACUGGGUCUCCUGCCUGCAUCUGACAGUAGAUCCGAAGGACCCUCGUCGAUCUCACGAGUUGGUCGACACCCUUAGUGCUUUCAGGUUGGAUAUGUCAUCCAAUGCCGCGUUCAAGGAGUCGAGCAAGGUGCAAGUGCUCGAGUUUAUUAUUACUGACGCUGGCUGGCACUUCCGUCACGAGAAACCGAUCCUCGAAGACUUUUUGGCUCAUAUCGACCACCCGUACAAGACGGUCCGUGAGGCAAUGGGUCGGGUCAUCGCUACCAUCUACCGCACCAGGUACCACGAAUCGUUCGAGAACGUCGACCGUUUGCUGGAGGCAAACAAGGAGGCCUCGUCUCUGGGAAUUCGCCCUUACAAGUGCACCGAGGAGUUCGACGCUACCAUGCGCGAGAUCUUCGAUCGACUCGAGAAGUGGCGUAAAGAGCGUACGCCCGGACAGCAAACGCCGUCUUCCUACACCUCCGGAUCGAAGACGGUCUUGACUUGGCUGGACAGUACGCUUUCGUCUCAGGAGUGUACUCAGCUGAUGCCCUUCUUCCCGGAGCCUUAUAUGGAGCAGCUCCUCCACAUGAUGGAUGUCAAGGAAGACCCCGAGCUUAUGCGUCUCGCCUAUCAUGUCUACCGUCACCUGCCCAACAUUCCUUUCCGCGUAGGCGAAGAUGGUCCCUUCAUUGAUGCUCUGGUCAGGAUUGGCAAGUCUGCGACCAGCUGGCACCAGCGGUUGAGAUCCAUGGUCAACAUGCAGGUCAUCUACUUCCGUCGCUUGUUCCUCAUCGAGAAGAAGCAGCGUGACAUCUUGUUUGAUGCUGUCAGUGACAUGCUGGCUGAUGCGCAGCUUGAAGUUCGAUCUUGCGCUUCUGCCACUUUGGCCGGCAUGAUCAGGUGCUCGCCGAAGCGCAUCCGCGAUCCUACCAUUCAGCUUCUGAAGAAGCGCUACGAGAACGAGUUGCGUCUCAACCCCAUGCCGAAGCGGAAGCUCCCAGGCACCGAGACGCCGGUCGACACCACCAAGCAGAUCGUCCGCAGGCAUGCGGCUGUCCUUGGUCUGGGUGCGCUCAUCGAAGCAUUCCCGUACGCCACUCCGCCGCCGUCCUGGAUGCCCGAGGUUCUGCAAAUUCUGGCGACUCGUGCAGCUAGCGACCCGGGAGUCGUCGGUAAAGCCACAAAGGCAAUUCUUUCCGACUUCAAGAAGACCAGACAGGACAGCUGGAGCGUGGAUCAGAAGUACUUCACUCAGGAACAGCUUGAGGACCUGGAGGGUGUGUUGUGGAAGAGCUACUUUGCCUAA